AUGCAUAGACUUGAGACCCAGAAAUCUCCCAUGGCUUCUUAUCACAUCCGCCAGUACCAGAACAGAGACUAUAAACGUGUCCUGGAUUUGUUCAUAAGUGGUAUGGAGGAGCACAUCCCUGCCACCUUCUGCCACCUGCUGACUCUGCCCCGGACCCACCUGCUAUUACUUGGGGUGCCGCUUGCUGUGGUCCUGGUGUCUGGCUCCUGGCUGCUAGCUGCUAUGAGCAUCUUGUUUGUGCUCUUUCUGCUGAAGCUCCUUGCCAGACAGCCGUGGAAGAAGUAUGUGGCCAAGUGUUUGCACACUGACAUGGCUGACAUCACCAAGUCCUACCUGAAUGCACUUGGCUCUUUCUGGGUGGCUGAGUCUGGGGGAGAGGUGGUGGGCAUCGUGGGUGGUCUACCAGUCAAGGAUCCCCCAUUAGGGAGGAAGCAGCUGGAGCUCUUUCACCUGUCUGUGUCCUCACAGCAUCGUGGACAGGGGAUAGCGAAAGCUCUGACCAGAACUAUCCUCCAGUUUGCAAGGGAUCAGGGCUACAGUGAUGUCGUCCUUGACACCAGCAUGUUGCAGAAAGGUGCUCAUGCCCUUUACAUUAGCAUGGGCUUCCGGAAGACAGGACUGUACUUCAUGGGUGCGUUCUGAAGAUUAGUGGAUAUUCCAGCAAUUCAAUUUAAGCAUUCCUUUCCUUCUGCUUAGCAGGUGGGAUGAGACCUU